UCACAGUUGUGUUGUUUUUCAGGUGGCCGUCACAGGAGCUUGAAUCCAGCUGCUCUGUUCAGAAAAGCCGACUCCUCCUGGUGCGAUGGAGCUCGAGGACUUUUUUCCCGUGGUGGCGGUGCAGCGGCCGAGCAGCUGACACUGGAGGACAUCGCCAAAAACAUCAGAGAGCGGCGGCACAAGCGGGUGGUGGUGAUGGCCGGAGCUGGGAUUAGUACCCCAAGUGGCAUCCCUGACUUCAGGUCUCCAGGCAGCGGUCUCUAUGACAACCUGCAGCAGUACGACCUGCCCUACGCAGAGGCCAUAUUCGAGAUUGGCUUCUUCCACCAAAACCCUAAUCCCUUCUUCGCCCUGGCCAAAGAGCUGUAUCCAGGAAACUACCAGCCCAACCUGAGCCACUUCUUUGUCCGUCUGCUUCAGAAGAAGGGUCAGCUUCUCAGGAUGUACACGCAGAACAUUGACGGACUGGAGAGAA